UCUCCAGUGAGGUACUCGCGAAACUUUGCUCUUGCUGACGUCCAAACGUGGCGGGCUAGUACGUUAUGUGUUCAUAGAUAUAUAUAUGCACCAGUAAUCGUAGCAGAUCUACGUACAGUGAAUCCUAAGAAAUAGUAUAGGGACAUUUACAAGCUGAAAGAAUGUGCAGAUCUGAACGAUCAUGAAUUUGUACAACAUGCUAGACUAUUUCUUCUUGGUCCAAUGUAUCGCAUUAAUAAGCUUUAUUUGCGUGAAAAGGAAAUAAGCAAGCAACCUAUCAAAGCCUGUUUCAUUAGUGUAAAAAUAAGGAGGGUUGCGACAAUAAGAACGUACUGCAUACGUUUCCAUUUGUGUUACAUUUAAAAGAAUGGUUAAUUCAUGGAGAGGAAAAUAGUUUUUACUUGUCGAGAACAUACUAUAGUGAUUUAUGGGUAAAUUUAAAUUUGGAAAGUUCUUAAGAUUAACAGGAAAAAAUUAAACGGUAUAAUCCGUGAUCGUAGUAGUGAAACUCACACUCCCUUUUCAACGCUAAAAGAUAACGUACUCCUAACAUAUCAAAAGUGCCUGAAUACAGCUUUGUUUCCAUACUGGUAAGAGCCCUGAAAAAAAAAAAAUAUAUAUAUAUAUAUAUAUUAUAUAACAAAAUGUGAAUACGCUCGAACAGCCGUAGAGAACGGGGCCUUUUUUGUACUUUAUUUUAUGAUUAAAAAUACUUAUAAAAUAUUUUAAAAAAGCACACACAUGAUUAAGGACACCGCGUGAGUGCAUAACUAAAAACAAAAAAACAAAAAACGUUUCUUAAAGGCCGAUAGUGGAAUUUUAAAACCUUCCUUAAACAUGAGGGUAGUGGCAUAUUUAAAUUAAAUCCUUAUUCUUAAUAAGUUAAUAAAUAGAUUCAAAGAUUUUCUCCCUAAAAUGAAAAUAAACUGUAUAGAUAAUCAAUUACGCUCUUUAUAUGUGAAGGUAAUGAAUGUUUAAUUCGUAAAAGAAACCAAACAUAAAAACUUGCGGAAGUGAGGAAAUUACUACGGCAUUUGUCACCUCUACAAAGGCAAAGGAUCUAGUUCCUGGUUACUCGAAACUACAAUAACUGAGUCCCUAGAGAAAAUAUAAGCAAUAUCUGAAGAAAGGGCCUCAAGCUUCAGGAAUCUCUCCGUCAACGUUACGAUGUGCUGUUCUUUGCUAGGAUUUCACAGAUGAGCUUUGAGUGUAAUGGGCGGUGGGUGGCCAGCAGACAGGCGUGGUCAUGGCGUGGGUGUCAGGCAAAUGGCAUGGUCUUCUACCAUCGUCCUUUGUUUGUGCCUGUGGACAUGGUGUGAAGCAGUGGAGACUUGUGAGAUGGGCGAACUCAGGUGUCACGAUGGGAGCUGUGUGGCUGCUGACCAAUACUGCGACGGCGAAAAUGACUGUGCCGACGGAGAAGAUGAACCACCCAAGUGUACGCAGUGUAACCGGGUGUACUACGGAACAGUUGGCAAAACCUAUGAACUUUUUGUACAUUGGCCGACACAGAAUAAGAGACCGCCAAUCUGCAACUUGACUUUGGUAGCUGCUGGGGGCCCCAAUGGAGACCUUGUGCAGCUUGCCUUCCAUAAAUUUAGCAUUGGAAAGUUCAACUCUCAUACUGAAAAUGGGUGUCCGCACGGACACAUGCAAGUUAUUGAGAAUCAACGUAUGUACAGGCCAGGAUUUUGGUGUGGUGACGGUGUUGGCAUCGUGAUGUACUAUUCAGAGACGCCUUCAGUCUCUGUUAUCGUUACUCGUUUACCAGUAGAUGAUGAUCUUACAGCACUAGAUGCUGUCAAAGAAUUUUAUCUAAAAAUGACGUAUAAAUUCUUACGCCGAGAGUCGGCAGUUGUGAGGUAUGGAAUACUGAAGGCUCCCAAGUAUCUUGGCCUCCGUGAUCAAACUACAGUAUGCAAUGCUCUUUUCUCUAACUGCGACCAGCGACCGUGUUUUGUACAAUCUCCAAAUUUCCCAGGGAUGUAUCCUCGGAACACCACAUGUUAUUAUCACUUAAAGCAAAGUAGAUCGCCUGAAGGGAAGAAGGCUUUGAUUUCACUUAGUCAAGAAGAUGGACGAUUGGUUCAUGUGAAGAGUCUUGCUCAAGCCCAUGAUACAGCUGUGAGGAGUCUCAAACUUUAUGAAGACUGUUAUUACGUUGGUGAUUAUGUUCGUGUUUAUGAUGGAAAUUCCACAAGGUCUCCUGUCUUAGUUACAUUCUGUCGAGGUGACAUUGUACCAGAAAUAGUAUCUUCUGGACCAGAUAUUCUCAUUGAAUUUACAACAUCUCCUUUUGAUUCUCCAAACCAUGAAGUUCCAUGGACUCACGUUGCUGGCUUUGAGCUAAAGGCUGAGACACGCUUUGUCCCGAAGAUCGAAAUUGGUGAGAAUUGCCAUGUACAGAUUCAGAGCAGUUCUAACCAGACAGGAUGGGUAGAAGGUGCUAAUCAUAGUGUUCCUCCAAACACCACUUGUACAUGGGAAUUCAUUGGUAAUCCAGGUCAAGUAGUAUGGUUGACCUUUGUUCAAUAUCUACGUCAAACACAACUAACAAAGCAUCAAACCAAGUCUUGUUCAACGAAGCUUACUAUUAUUGAUGGCAAAUACAAUGAUGGUAGCAUUGUUGCUGAACACUGUCAUGAUACUGAGCCACAUACAUGUGACAGGGCAAGGCGCCUUUUGCAGGAAUCACACGUGCGCCCCUGUGACACCAAAGAAUCAUAUGUAUCAACAGGUCAACAUAUGGCUGUAACUCAACACUUUGGGGAUGGCAGUGUUGUCACUAAAGUAUCAUUUUUACUCAGAUAUGAAUUUGUAGACCGCCAACAAACAGGAGAUUGGACUGGGGAUCCAUGCUACAGAGAGAUUCGCAGUGGGGCGGAAACUGAAGGUAAUAUUACAUUUACUGCUCCAAGAGAUGUAUUUCUUUAUGGUCGUGGAGGGCGAACAUCAAUAACUUGUUCCUGGCGUUUUCUUGGAGCUGCAGACCAGACUAUUAGACUAACAAUCAACAACAUCAAAACAGGCUCUUCUUCUUGCAGAACGCAAUCCAAUCAUCAAACAAAAGCUUGGCAGUGUUUGCCAUCAGGAAACUCACAUAUGGAGGUGUCUGUAUCUGAAUGGCCGUGGUCUGGUGUAGAGUUGCCAUUAGCAUGUGUUUGUUCAACAGAUGUAAUACCAUUUACUAGAAAAUCACAUGGCCCAGAUCUCACCCUCAACUUUACAAUUAAAGGUAUGUUACCUUAUGAAGAUUAUAGAGACUAUUCUUUCAAUGUGACUUUUGAAUUUGUGAAAGCCCAGCUAUGCAAGGGAUCAACCAGGAUCUUGACUGGUGCUGCUGGGGAAAUUGUGGCAACUUCACCAUCUCCACCAAAUCUGUUGAGUUGUGAAGGAUUUCCGUGGUUGCUAAAAACACCUCCUAAUCAUGCUCUUUAUCUAACGUUGCCAGGUGCUAGUCUUGACAAUGGUACAUGUCAGACAGACACUCGAUUGUUCUUCCAUGUACCAGGCAAAGCUGAACCUGUGUUGGGGGUAUGUCCUGCACCAGAUAAAACAUCCGCAAUCAAGUUCUUCUGGCCACCCCCAAAUACAAAUACAGGAACUAUACAUGCACCACAAGAGGACAGAGCAAAUAUAAGUGGUGGGGAAGAGGGAGAUAAUGAUGGGGAUGAUCCUGAAAGUGAAAAACUUGAUUUCCAGGAUAAUGAAGGCGAAUCUUCUCUUGUGCUUGUUUGGAAACCCAGGAGCUCCUCUGACCUUCGACUGCGCUGGCUUACUACAUGGAAACCCAUUGAAUUGGAUGAUUUCUUUUCACCUACAGCAGGAGGCAUAGGGGGAUGGCGUGAAGAGAUUCAUGAUGUUCCAUGCAAAGAACUGUGUCCUGAAUUAGGAGCGUGUAUACCAUCAGAACUUUGGUGUGAUGGACGUCAACAUUGCCCUGAAGGGAGUGACGAGAUGGUUGCAAAUUGCUUACUUGAGCGCGUUCCGUGGCUUUACCUCGUCAUUGCCAUCGUCACCUUGGUCACCCUCCUGUUAAUAACUAUAUCAGCUAUACGGCGCCACCGUAUGCAGCUGGCUAAGAAGCGCCAGCAAGAUGCUCGAAGGGUGUCCACUCAAGAGUCAAUUCUGCCACCGAAAGAAAAAAGUUUAAGUGCCUACGCCCUGGACUACACAGACAUGGAUUUUGAGACAACCGUUUGAAGGAGUAUGGGAAGUUUAUUUCUAUUUCUUUUUAUCGUCGUAUUUUUGUUUUUCCUGAAUGCUCCAAGAAUUUAAAUGUCCCGUGAUUGCAGGGUGUCUGCUGCCCAUCCUCAUCA